CCGCCGUGUUACAAUGGUUGCCUGAGAGCAGCCAAGGCUGUCAUUGGGGCUCCUUCUCCACACCUCCUAGCAUGACAGGCUUGGCAAAGCCGCACCUGUUGAGCUUCUGCCUACCCAUCGAGCCUUCCAGCGCCUCUUGAGUGACAAGCGCAGCCCUGGGCAGUGGGCAUGUUUACUUAGAAGUAAACCCCACAGUACACCCUCGUCUCUCCCCCCCCCCCAUAGGGAUUUCUCCCAGCUUCUCCAGAGGGCAGCACCUUGAGCAGAACUCGUCUGACAUGAGCAGCUUCUUCUCAGACUGACAGAGAUGUAGUUCCUGUUGCUCAGGUUGUGGUUGCCUACCUGCCUUUCGUUUCCUUUUUCCAUCUCUGAAUUGGAGAUAAAGGGAAGACAAGAGGAAGAUGCCGCUCUUCUUCCGUAAAAGGAAACCCAGCGAUGAAGCCCGCAAGCGCCUUGAGUACCAAAUGUGCCUGGCAAAGGAAGCCGGAGCUGAUGAUAUACUUGACAUAUCCAAAUGUGAACUCUUAGAGCUUCCGUAUGGAGCCUUGGCGACCUGUAAAGUCUUGCAGAAGAAGGUGCUGAUUGCUCACACCAAUUGCUUGACAUCUCUGACCCCUAAAUCCUGUAGCAUCCUGAAUCUCAUAACUGUGAAGGUUUUAGAUCUACAUGACAACCAGCUGACCUCACUUCCUCCUGAUAUUGGCCAACUGACGUCUCUCCAGGUCCUGAACUUUGAAAAGAAUCUAUUGAAGGCCCUUCCAGAUUCGAUAGGGGACCUUGUCCAGCUGCAGACGCUUAAUCUGAAAGGCAACAAGCUGAAGGAACUGCCAGCCUCCCUGGGUGGCCUGCGUAGCCUACGGACCUUAGACAUCAGUGAAAACCUAGUGCAGGAGUUGCCGCAGGCACUGGCUCACAUCCGAACACUGGAGACACUGACCCUGGAUGCUUCGUCCAUGUCCUACCCGUCCAAUGACAUCUGCAGCGCUGGCACAGAGGCCGUCCAGCAGUUUCUGUGUGGAGAAUUAGGAAUCGAGUACAAUUCUCCCUCCCAGUAUUUACUCCCAGUGUUGGAAAGUGAUGGAGGUGAUACUUCGGUGGACGGAGUCAGCAGGAUGGUCAUGAAACAUGCGGAGAAUGAGGCUGAGUGGCAGAACAAAUUUAUGGACUACGAGAAGCGGAAGGAGCAAAAGAUGCAGGAGAAGCUGGAGUUUGAGCGCUGGUUGGAUCUGGAGCAGCGAGGUCAAGCCCAGCUCAUGCACCAGAGCCAUGCCCAGAAAGGGGAGAUCCUCCAGAGCAUGAAGGAGGAGCAAGUGAAGCUGGAGCAGGGCCUGACCCGGCACCAGGAGCGCCUGGGAGAAGAACGCAUGAAGCUGUUGGAGCAGCUGAAGCAGAUGGAGCAAGGGGUUUCCGGCCGGAUCAAGAAGCUGCUGGAAGAGAACAAGAGGCAAAAGCAGAGCUCUGAGAUUCUCAAAUCUCUGGAGAAUGACCGGAUCCGCAUGGAGCAGCUGAUGGCCAUUACUCAGGAGGAGGCUGAGCAGCUGCGCAGGAAGGAAGUGGCUUCGGCCAUGCAGCAGAUGCUGGCCGAGACCUAUAAGAACAAGCUCCUGCAGGUGGCUUACGAGUCACGCCGGCAAGAUCUCGUCAACCAGACCUGUUCCAGCCUAGCCAAGAUGGAUCAGAAGUUCCAGCAAAUCCUAGCUUGGCAGGACCUGGAUCAGAACAAAGCCAUCAGCCAGAUCCUACAGGAGAGUGAUAUGCAGAAGGCUGCAUUUGAAGCCCUCCAGGUGAAGAGGGAUCUCAUGCACUGCCAGAUCAGAAACCAGAUUAAGUUAAUAGAGAAAGAGUUACUGCAGCUGACCCAGCUGGAGUUAAAGAGGCAGCAGCUGGACACAGAGGCGCUGCAGGAGGCAAUCACAGAGCAGCGGCAAGCUCUCACUUACCUGCUGCAGCAGCUGCUGAAGGAGAAGAGGCAGCGGGAAGAAGAGCUGCAGGCCAUCUUGAGGGAGCUGGAAGCUAAGAGUGAGACAAAGCAAGAGAACUACUGGCUGAUUCAGUACCAGCGGCUUUUGGACCAGAAACCCCUUUCACUCCGGCUGCAGGAGGAAGGACUGGAACGACAGCUCGUGAAGCUCCUGGCAGACCUGUCAGCUGACCAGUACACGCCCGUCUUUGCACAUCACCGGAUUUCGCUCAAAAUGCUAAGCACCAUGGUCCCAAGUGACUUGGCCAAGUUGGGGAUCACAGAGACAGGCCUGCAGCACUCCAUCAUCCGGAAGGCCCGAGAGAUCCACGCCGUGGCUGAAACCAUCCCAGAGUUGCUGAAGCCUGAAGACGAGGCAGAGCUUGCUACUCCGGGGACCAGCAGAGAGCCCCCCACCGCCAUGGCUCCUUCUGCCCCACCACCAGAAGAGCACCGAUGUGAGUGUGUGGUCUGCAUGGAGCGAGAGGCCCAGGUGGUAUUCCUGACUUGCGGCCACGUCUGCUGCUGCCAGACCUGCUCCGAGGCCCUGAGCACCUGCCCGCUGUGCCGCAAGGACAUCGUCCAGCGCAUCCGUCUUUUCCACAGCGGAUAGCCCCACGUGGGGACAGCGUCACUCUCAUCAUGUGCCCACUUCUUCCCCCUCAACCUUGCGCACUGGGUUGCCAGGGGUGGGGUGGGGUCAAUGGUUCUUUUGGCGUGCUGCGUAGGCCAGUCCGGGAUUUGCACUACCUCCUUGCUCUUUGUUUGCGUAACCAUCACCAUCCUCUGCUCACAGAGCAUGGCUGCAAUUCCCCCCCUCCCCAACGCUCAGCUGUUGGCUGUGGCUGCUCUAAGGCCAAGAUGGAGGCACAUCUCCGGGUUGAGGGCAGAACGGUGCUUGCAGUUCCUGAAAAGCUACCCUCACAUUUUGGGGAACAGGCAAGCACCACGUCUUCUCUGGCAGCCUGGCUGGGGUUAUUUAAAGAUGCCAGUCCCAACCUAUAGGCAGAGUGGGUUCUAGGGGCUUCAGUACAGGAGAAGUGAUUCCCUGCUGUCUGCCCACCUAACGAAUCAGGGCUGGUUGUGUAUAUUAUAUAUAUAUACACACACACACACACACACACACACACACGUAUGUAUUUCUGUGGCUGGGUUUUAGGUCACUACUGGCUGAGUUGUAGCAGCACCCAGUGGAGCAAAAGUGCCUGGGAGCUGUCUCACCUGUCACCCUGGGAGAGAGUGGUUGGUGAUUCCCAGCUGUCCAGCAUCCAGCUCCCAAUCUAGACCACUUUGAACUCUUUCCAGGCCAGCAUUUUAAAGCUGCCACCCGCAACCUGGUGCCCUCUAGCUGGGAUGACUGCAUUAAGGACCCCCCCCCCCAAAGUGUGGGUGGGUAAGUCAAGGAAGAGCCCUGGUUGGGUGGAGGUCUCGUCCCACCCACUACAUGUUUUUUGCUAGUCGAGUAUGUGUGUGUUUGGGUCAUCAUCCCUCUCGGUUCAUUGGUCAGUAAUUGACCUUGAUUGUCUGCCAAGGCAACAUCUCCUCCAGAAGAAACCAACCUCCACCCGGUUUUGCUUGGCAGGUUUCCUGCCAAGAGAAAGUGGACACUCGUAUUUGCAACUUCCAAGAAACAAAUCCCUGAACCUUUUUCACUGCCUGACCGCUCGCUCACACUCAUCGUCCUGUGUUCUCUUGGAGCCAGGUGAGUGAGGAAACCUUUUGGCAUUGCUGAACCACAGCUCCCAUCUUCCUCAACAAGCGUGGCCAGCACCCAGGGAUUAUGGGAAUUGUAGUUCAGCCGCAACAGGAGGGCCAAAGGCUCCCUACAUCUGAACUACCAGAAAGCCAAGAGGUUAGGUCUGUCCUUUUUAGCAAAGUCAGCCAACGUGAACGACAGUGCAAUGCUUUAUUCUAUCACAAUUCUCUCCAAAAGGAUCUGCAAAUAUUUUAUAAGUAAAAGGUAAAAUGCAUCAGAGGAAUGAAGUGUUGUUUUGCCUGCCAGGAAGCCUUAGUCCCAGGUGCAGGUGUGGGGAUUCUUUGCCACUCCAAAUGAGACUGAAUUACAACUCCUGUAAUCAUCCCUGGCCUUUGGCCAUCCUUGCUGGGCCUGAGAGGAGCUGUAGUUCAGCAAUGUCUGGAGAGCCUGAAGUUCCCCCACGCUUACAAGGAAAACUUAAAAGGAAAACCAAGAGAAGAGAGAUUGGCGGAAACCCUAUGGAAGGGAGGCCUUGCCUAUGCCUGGUCAUGGAGGCUGUGCCUCAGUAAUCCCUCUCCACCCACCUACCCACAAUUCCUUGCUCAGGGUGGUUCGUGCCCCAUCCAGAUAAGGUGCCUUGAGUCCCUGUCAGGAGAAACAGCAGGGUACAAAUAUAGAACAGAACCACAGAAUUGUAGAGUUGGAAGGGACCCAGAGGGUCAUCUAAUUCAAACCCCUGCAGUGCAAAGAUCUCGACUAGAUCAUACACGACAGAUGGCCAUCUAACCUCUGCUUUAAAACCUCCAGUGAAGGGUGAGUCCAUAGGGAGAACAUUCCACUGUUGAACAGCUCUUAAAUUGUCAGAAAGUUCCUCCUGAUGUUUAGUCAGAGUCUCCCUUCUUGAAGCCACUGAUAUUUGUGUGGGCCGGGUUUUAAUGGGUAGCAGAGGGUAUAUUAAUUGCAAUUUAUCUUUCCAGGCACCCAUGUUUGUGGGCUGAAACAAAAUAAAGCAUAGGAAUUUGUCUAUAAAACUUUGUUUUGAGCACAUCCAGCUAACAAAGUAAGGUGCCUUCCCCCUUCUUACCCCUCUUAAACAAAAAAACAGGCAGCAACUUGUAAUAGGUUCACAGCAACAGUAGCAGUAAAAACCAUGCAGGCAAAAUACGGUAUAUUUACAGUAUAACCAGCUUCAUGCAUGUGCCUAAAAAACCUGAGCUAGCAGAAGCAUGUCUGCAUCCAUCAAAGGGGGAGAGAGAGCUACGUGAAGUACUAUAUGCUUCUUCCUAUCCUAUCCAGGUAAAGGAGUGGAAACGACACCACACAGCCAAUUAUAUUUCUAUGUUCUGAGUACAGUAUCUGCCUUUCAGUAAUACACCUCUGUGGUAUUAACCACUUCUCAUGCUAACUAGCAAGAAUGUGCAUUCAUUCGGUUUGUCUGCUAAUCUCAGGUGGCUUUUGCAGUCUGCAGGUGGCUAUAGUAUCUCCUCUCACUCUCUUCCAGGCUAAAUGUACCCAGCUCCCUCAACUAUACCUCAUUCAGCAGUAUAUGGAGGGCCAAAAGUUCCUCACCACCAGGUUUCCCAAUCCUACUUUGAUGUUUCUGGGCUGCAGCAUGAGGUUGUGCUGGCUUCACUUGCUGCUGUGCUCCCACAUCCUCCGAAGAACCCCGCUGGGAAAUCAGGGGCAAGGCCAGACAGACCUAUGUGGCAGUUGGUGUGCAGUGUGGGCAGCACAGAUUAGUUGGGGGUCUGGGCCCUUCCAAAGCAAUGGAGGGUAGAUGGGUCACUGCCUGGGCAUUUGUUGUGGGGUGAGGAGCACAGCAAGGUCCCCAGGGAGGGUUUAUCAGUCUUGUGCCUUGGGGUCUAGAUUUGUGGGAUUGCAAGUGGUAGGCCAUGGGGUGUGAGGAGCCUGUGGUCACCUUAAGCUCCCACUCCUAUCAGCCCUAGCCAGCGUGGCCGACAGCAAGGGAUGAUGGGAAUUGUAGUGCAAUGAACUCUAAAGGGCCAAAGGUUCCUCAGCUCCCUGUCAGGUGAGCCAUACCCCUCCUUCCUAUACUCCUCCCACCUCAAGACAAAACCAAUUAGCUUUGCUUCUGAAGACGGACCUUUAUAGGGAAAUUUUUAAUGUUUGGUGGGUUGCAAAUAAAUACUAAAUUAUUAUAAUACUAUUUACCAGUCAAUGGGUCGGUGCUUCAAAAUUGCCUUCCCUUCCCAGCAGGAACCGACCCUGAGGCCUGAGUUCGAAUCACUCUACUCACAAGUUCAGGGUGCCUAUGCUAGGACCUUCACUUCUCCCAAAGAACCUUGCACACUGUUGCCCCUUUCGGUGGGUGUGGAGGGGCUCUCCCUCUCCCUCUCCCUCCACCCACUCACAGAGCCAAAAUUCGCAGAGGUGCCCUGGGGAAAGAAGACACCAUUAUAGUGGUACCUUGGUUUACAAACUUAAUCUGUUCCGGAAGUCCGUCCUUAAACCGAAACCGUUCUUAAACCGAGGCGCGCUUUCCCUUAUGAGGCCUCCCGCCGCCGGUGCCCUUCAACCAUUCGAAUUCAGUUCUUAGACCGAGGUAAAGCUCUCAAACCAAGACACUAUUUCUGGUUUUGCGGAGUUUGUAAACCAAAUUGUUCUUAAACCAGGCUGUUCUUAAAUUGAGGUACCACUGUACACAUGAAUGAAAUAUAGGCCUAUGGCCCACUUUUGCUUUGCCCUUGGUAGAAAGGAUCAUUGGCCUCUGCCAGGGACUCAGGCAGCGGCUUAGCUGGAGCAACGACCCCUUUGUCAUCAUCACACGUCCUGCACGAAUCUCUGUUUCCCCCAGUGUUGGUCUGUUUUUAUGUGAUUGCAUCACAUGUAUCCAGCAGAGAAAUAAAAACGGGGUAUGAAACUCAAACUGCAUUGUCUCUUCCUGCUCCCUUAGGAUAGACAGAUGGGCAGGUAUCCAAUGGUUGGCAGAACCCUUGGAACAGAUUUAGGGGGGGGCACUGGGCAAGGGGAGGGGGAGAAGUUCUUGCACAAGUAUGGAACCUUGUGCGAGCUGAAUUAGUUACCUAGUGCUACUUUGGGUGCAACUGCAGAAAGAGGUGUGUUUGACAUGGUUCCCAAACUUUCCCCUGUGGACCACUUGAAAAGUGCUGACAGUCUCAGUGGACCACUCAAUGGUCUUUCUGCCUGCUGUAGCAGCUGUAAUGCACGGUGCUGUACGAUUUUUGUUGUAUUUAUAUUGCUCCUUUUGUUUCUUGCGUUGUAUUUUAUUGAUUUCAGUUUGAAUUCAACCUGUGUUUUACGGGCCAACUGAAUGAAUUUCAUGGACCCAAGUUUGGGAACCCUUGGCUCAGAGCUGCAGCAUUUUAUGGGAUAAUCCAUGAGAUUGAUAGUGAGGUUGAACCUUAAAUUAAUAAAUAGUUUCAUCUUGUAAAAAAGAAAUAUUUAUUUCAGGGCUGAGGAACUAGCUACCCUUCCCAACUCCCUGGUCUACCAGAACCAGAAGAGGUAUGAAGAGGGAGGAGCACAGGCAUGUCAGCAAAGUCUCAGAUUGCUUUAAAUGAAUCUAGGGAAGGAGGAAAUUUAGGCAGCUGUGGGAACGUGGGGGACCUUCAGGCUCCUCAACUGCCUCAUAGGGACAUGACCUAUUGAGAAGAGUUGCUGUGCUCAUUAGGCAUGGCACCCUGAGCAGGCCUUUUUUUUCCUAAUAGAGGUAACUUCUCUUACUCCAUAUGAUGUCUUGCUGGCUGGCUCCCAGAGAACAAACUACCCCAGAAGGAGCAUGGUACUACCUCUCCUGUAACACCCCACACACUAAUAACAACACAGGCACUGUCCAGGAUUCAAAAUGGCACCCAACAUCCACACAUCAAUUAAGACCUCCCACACACACGCCUUGAGCACUCUUGGCUCAACCUAGCGAUCGUAUCUCUACUUGUGGCUGAACAUAUGCCACAGAAUGGGCAAAGUCAUGCCAAACAGAGAUUUCAGUCUGCCAUCUUGAUUCAAAAUGGCACCCAACAUACAAACAGCAAUAAGGUCUGCUGCCUCAGCCUGGGAACCCUCAUGGCAAGUUUGGUAUUAUAGAUGGAGAGGUGUCCAAAUGUAAAGAGGGCAAAUGGGCAAACCAUUUCCCAAAAUAUCAGUCAAGUCAACAUGACUCCAGCAUGACAUCUGAAAA